CCUCCCUCCGAAACGAGUGAGGAGCGAGCGUUGUGUGGUGAUAUGGGGUCGGCUGGCUAGCUGACUGGAAGAGAGCUUGCUUUUCUCAGACACAAGUGCUCUUUGUUUGUGGGUCGAGAGAAGUUGGGCGUCCAGUGGCACUUUUCCACCACCGUUCCAGACACGGCCGGUCCCGUUUUUCGGUUCGAGUGCAGACCGUGAACCGGGCAACUGUCUCUUCAGCUCGGUUGUUCGCGUGCUAUGGACAUUUCGCCGACUCGAAUGAUGCAUCCAGUUGGCUCGCAAGUAGGCAUGAUUCCUCAACCGUACGGAAUACAACCUGUCGACCCCAACCAAGGCCCGACCACCCCUGAGCAGGAUGUGGCCCGCAAGCAGGACAUCGGAGAGAUCCUGCAGCAGAUCAUGAACAUCACUGACCAGUCGCUCGACGAAGCCCAGGCCAGAAAGCACACGCUGAAUUGUCAUCGCAUGAAACCUGCCCUCUUCAGUGUCCUUUGCGAAAUCAAGGAAAAAACUGUUCUGAGCCUCCGCAACACCCAGGAGGAGGAGCCCCCAGAUCCGCAACUGAUGCGCCUUGACAACAUGCUGAUUGCCGAAGGGGUUGCUGGCCCUGAGAAAGGUGGCGGCGCAGGAGCAGCAGCCGCGGCUUCGACUGCGGCCUCCGGAGGUCCUGGUCAACCGGACAACGCCAUCGAGCAUUCUGACUACCGCGCCAAGCUCGCCCAGAUCAGACAGAUCUACCACCAAGAGCUGGAGAAAUAUGAGCAGGCGUGCAACGAGUUCACCACCCACGUGAUGAACCUGUUGAGGGAACAGAGCCGCACCCGCCCAAUCACUCCAAAGGAGAUCGAGCGCAUGGUCCAGAUCAUCCACAAGAAGUUCUCCUCGAUCCAGAUGCAGCUCAAGCAGUCCACCUGCGAGGCAGUCAUGAUUCUCCGUUCGCGCUUCCUCGACGCCAGGCGGAAGAGGCGCAACUUCAGCAAGCAGGCCUCGGAAAUCCUCAACGAGUACUUCUACUCGCACCUCUCCAACCCCUACCCCAGCGAGGAGGCCAAAGAGGAAUUGGCCAGGAAGUGCGGCAUCACCGUCUCUCAGGUGUCCAACUGGUUCGGAAACAAGCGCAUCCGAUACAAGAAGAACAUCGGCAAGGCUCAAGAGGAGGCCAACUUGUAUGCUGCGAAGAAGGCAGCAGGUAGGGGACCGUCCAGGGGUAGCAAAGCCGGCGCCUCGCCUUACAGCAUGGGCCCCGCGAGCCAGGGCACGCCUACGCCCAUGAUGUCUCCAGCACCACCUUCCGGCCCCCAAGAUUCAAUGGGGUACAACAUGGGCAUGAACGGCAGCGACUACAGCUCACCGUCAAUGCCUCCCUCCCAGGGUCCCUAUUCUGAUAGUGGCAUGGGCUACGAUGUGCAUCAGAGUGGCGGGUUAAAAAUGUCACCUCGGUCGCCGGUUUCUAGGGGUGCAGGGGGGUCUGAGUGGAAUCCACCUCGGGAGCAAAUUCCCGACUUUCCUCCUGUGGUACCGCCGGGUGGAGACGACGAUGACGUCGACAGCCGGGAUGAAGAUGACGACGACGACGAUGAUGACGAUAUGCACGGACCGAGUGCGGCCUCCAUGCAGAAACGGCCCAAAUUGUAAAAGAGGGUGAGCGCCACCCUCCUCACCCUCAAAUUCUACACUUCUUCUUUUAUUAUUUCAUUUACGAGAGACUUAUUAUGCAGUCUCUUGCUUUAUUUUUUAAGAUAUACUUUUAUGGGGCUUUCUUUAUUAUGGUAUCGCGUGUGAAGGUGCUAUUAUUGCUUUUUAACAUUCAGUUCUUUAGAAAUAUCAUUUUACUGGAUUUCCCUAUUGUUUUCGUUACAAGGUGGGUAGGAUUAUGAAAAAGAAUAAAACUCGCCCGAGAGAUCCAAUUUAUUCUGCAUGAGACACACACACACACACACAAAAUAUAACUGUAAGCGACUAGACAAAACAAGAUUAUAUCUAUAUUGUCGUUUUCAAACAGUGACUGGAUUUGUACGAAAGAGACAAGAUUAGAAAACCACUCAUACUCAAAUGUAUACUAAACAUCAACAACGAAAUCUGUUUGAAAAUUGAAAAUGCAAAACUCACACUUUCUCGAAUUCUUGAAAAAUGCAAAAAAAUCAAGAAGUAAUCAUCUGCAGUGUCUAAAACCUCGGUAUACGUAGCAACAUGAAUCGUGUUGUCUUUUAGAAAUAAGCAUUUUCGGAAUGAUUGUUAUAAGGAUUACUAAAAUACUAUAGAAUACGAAAACAAAGAAACAACCCACGCGUCUGCUCACCAUCCACGGUGGACACACAAAAGAAUAAAUAGGGCGGUGGGCAGACUCAAUUGUAAUGAGAGGAUUGAUUAUACAAUGUACACGAGUAACAUUUUGGUGCGGCAUCGGCACCAAAAUUAAAACAAUGUAUACGAUUUUUGACAACAAGUAAGUACUUUUAUCAAAUUAUAACAGAGCAAAGUACUCUUUGAUUCAGAGUUUCUUGCGCCUGCAUCCGUUCUGUUGAUUGUUCAUCCAUUAUGUAAGUUCGUUACAUUUUCUUGCACUCAAUGCAAACUUGCAAAGG